CAUGUCUUUUCAGUUGAUUCUUUGGUUAAGUGAUAAAUGUUGUUUAAUAUUUUGCACGGUUAGCGUUAAAUAAUAUUUUAAUUUGAGUGCGUUUUGCAAAGCAAAGAUAUUUAUAAUAUGUGCGAAAGUUCGUUAAAAUUAGGUAUGCAUGAAUGCUCGGAAAUGCAAUAACGCGUAUAGAAGUUCAAGCGAAAUAUGGCAGUGAAACCGGUUUAGUGUCGUUCGGUGCAGUGAAGAUACCUUUUUUUUAUCGACAAAGAAAUCUGCGCUGAUGCUGUAAUAUAUAAAAAUAAUACGAAAUUUAAAUAAAAGUGUGGUAGAGUGAAAGAUUGGAAAGUAACUAAAAACUGCACAAAAAAAAAAAAAAAAUCAGCGCAAUACAGAGUGAUAAAAUAAGACCAGUUUAGUUGCGAAACAAAUCAGCGGCUGUAAAAAUAGCAUUCGAACACUACAAUUAGUGUAGUGUUAGUAGCGAGAUUUGCGUUGUUUCAAUUGUAUAUGCACAUACGUACGCACAUAUCUACAUAUAUACAGUGUUAAAAAAUUGUGCCCUUCUCCACUGAUGCAGUACAUUGCGCCUGUACCCACUGAAUCAGCAGCCACAUAAACAUUGGGAACUUGGAACUAUGAGUGGAAUAAUUUAAUCAUUGAAAGCAAUUGCAUUUUAUUGUUUGUUCUUUUAUUACUUUACUACUAGUUAACAUACAUACAUAGGUACAUACACACAUAUACAUAGUAUCUACUGCACUCUUCGUUCUCUUCAUAAACCUGCUGCGUAUCCGCUAAGCUCAAGGCAAAAUGCCAUCGUUAACAACAACAUAUUCCAAAUUAUUAUCUCUUCUCAUCGUUCUAUGCGGAGUAAGCGUCGUUUUGUCAGAAGAUUUGCUGGUCAACUUAUCUGAUGGAUUGGAGGGCCCAAAUGUUUGUAAAAAACGUGAGAAUUAUCCCGUUGAGGUCACCACCACCGAACUGCAAUCAUAUCAGGAACGCCAAACUGUCUGGUGUCUCAAUGUACCACCGCGUUGCUCAUCAUAUCAAAUAAAACACCGAACUGUGAAUAAGACGCGUACGCUUAUGAAAACCCGUAUUGUGCGCGCUUGUUGUGAUGGCUACACAGAAAAUCUGAAUGGCGAUGGUUGCGUUCCCGAAUGCAGUAAAAAAUGCGAACAUGGCAAAUGUAUUGCACCGGAGAAGUGCAAAUGCGAACAAGGCUGGGGUGGCGAGACGUGCGACAUAAAUUGCCCAGCGGGUUAUUGGGGACGCGAUUGCAGCAAACCCUGCGAUUGCAUGAACAAUGCCACAUGCGAUCCGGCCACCGGUGACUGCGAAUGCGCCAAAGGAUAUACGGGUGAGAAGUGUGGCGAUACAUGCGCGCCAGAUCGCUACGGUGCCAAGUGUAUGGAGGAGUGUCGCUGUGAGAAUGGCGGCAGCUGCCAUCACAUUUCGGGCGAAUGCAAUUGUGCGCCUGGCUUUACGGGGCCACUAUGUGAGGAUCUAUGCCCCGACGGCAAACAUGGCAUGCAAUGCAAACAAGAUUGUCGUUGUCAGAAUGGCGGUAAAUGUGAUCCGAAGAGUGGCAAUUGCUUGUGCCCCGAGGGUUGGACGGGCGAUGUUUGCGCCAAUAAGUGUCCGGUUGGCUUCUUUGGCAAGCAGUGUAAAGAACAAUGCGAGUGCUUCAAAGGUGGGCCCUGUCAUCACAUAACGGGCAAAUGCGAAUGCCCGCCGGGCUAUUUGGGUGAGCUCUGCUAUGAAGAGUGUCCAUUCAACACUUACGGCGUGAAUUGCACGGAGAAAUGCAAGUGUCAAAAUGACGCAAUUUGUGACAAGGCGACAGGCGCUUGUCAAUGUGCGCCCGGUUGGCGCGGCGAUGACUGCAGCGAACGCAUUUGUGUUUUCGAUAAAUACGGCGAUGAUUGUAACAACACUUGUGAUUGCGAUGCUGUCAAUACGCACCUCUGUCAUCCAGAGUCGGGCAAGUGCUACUGUAAGGAUGGCUGGAGUGGUGCCCAAUGCAAUCGGCCAUGCCCAUUCCUUAAAUACGGACCAAAUUGUGAAUUGAAUUGUGAUUGUGAAAAUUUCGCGCGUUGUUCGCCGAUCAAUGGUACCUGCAUAUGCGCACCGGGUUUCCAAGGUGAGAGAUGCGCAGAGCGUUGUGCGGAGGGACGUUAUGGACAGGAUUGCGCUCAAAAAUGCGAUUGUGAGAAUGGCGCCGCUUGCUCACCCGAAACGGGACAAUGUAGUUGUACUGCCGGUUGGAGAAACAUCAAAUGUGAUCGUCCUUGCGACUUAAACUAUUAUGGUGAAAAUUGUAAAUUCAAGUGUGAUUGCAAAAAUAAUGCAGGUUGUAAUCCGCAAAACGGCACAUGCACUUGUGCACCUGGCUGGACUGGCGAAAAAUGUGAUCAGAAAUGUGAGGCGUUCACGUUUGGCCUCGGAUGUGAAUUGCAAUGCGAAUGCGAUGCCAGCAAUACGAUCGCCUGUGAUUCGGCCACGGGAAAAUGUGUGUGCAAGCAGGGCUGGGGAGGUGUACAUUGCGAAACAAAUUGUCCAACUGGCUAUUAUGGUGAAAAUUGUGAUCAAGUUUGCAGAUGCUUGAAUAACUCUUCCUGCGAUCCAGAUAGUGGGCGUUGCAUUUGUGCUGCUGGUUGGACUGGUGUUGACUGCUCCGAGCCAUGCGCGCAUGGUUUCUUCGGUGUUGGGUGCAGAGAACGUUGCCCGGAGUCGGCGCAAAACAAUACCAGCUGCGACCACAUUACCGGCGAGAUUGUCUGCCGUGCCGGCUACAUUGGUUUGACUUGUAAACACCCCUGCCCGAGCGGUUACUAUGGUCCUGGCUGUAAGAACCAAUGCCAUUGCGAAAAUGGCGGUGAGUGCAAUCAUGUUUCCGGUCAAUGUCUGUGUUUGCCCGGUUGGACUGGCGCCAAUUGCAACAUUUCUUGUCCCGAUGAAUACUAUGGACCGAAUUGCGGCCAGCAUUGUCGUUGCCAAAACGGUGGCACUUGUCGCAAGAACGAUGGCUUUUGUGUGUGUCCAGCUGGUUGGAUGGGCACGCGUUGUGAAGAAGUCUGUCCCGAGGGCUUCUACGGCAAACACUGUAUCACGCAAUGCGAGUGUGCAUCACAGAACUUCGUCUGUCACAUUGCAGUCGGUUGUGUGUGUCGCAAGGGAUAUACGGGCGAAAAUUGUGAUAUGCUUGCGGCUGAAGAGCGCAUACAAGAAGCGAAUGCUGGUUCCAAUAAAUUGGGUAUCAUUUGGGGCUGCUUUAUCUUUCUUAUUCUAUUCGGCUGCAUUAUGAUCGUCAUUUACUAUCGUCGACGCGUUUCUAACUUGAAAACUGAAAUCCAGCACGUGCAGUACAUUAGCGAUACCAGUCAAGGUAUGGGAGAUCGUCACAAUUUCGACAAUCCCGUUUACGGCUAUCAAGACCAACAACAACAGCGUUUACUCAACAAUAUGCGACCGAAAAUCAACAACUUGGAUCGUAGCGGCAUGUACGCAGACAAUUCAAAUGCUAGCACUGGAUCUGCUUCGUAUUCGGUGAAUUUUUCACACGAUAUGCUUGCCAAGAAUCUAAAUGCCGAUCUCACCAAUCCGAAUGUAUACAAUCCGUACGAAGAUCCUUUGAAAGAGGAGCAUGUCUACGAUGAAAUUAAACAGAAAGAGGGUUGCAACAACCCUGUCAAAGUGUAUUGCAAGAAACUCUUCCCUGAGGGUAAGAAAGCAAAUUCAAGCAAACAGUCAUAUGUGGUUUGGUAUGAAUAUGAUCACUUGGACUACUCGCGUCCAAGUACAUCGCAGAAGCCGCAUUAUCAUUGCAUGAACGAUACAGUGCUUAACAUAAAUCGUGACGAGGAGAAGCCGAGCAAUUUGAAAGCGAUGAGUCAUCUACUAGAACCCCGAACUGUAAAUAACAUAGCAGCAGGCGCAUUUGAUGAAGCAGCGGAAGAAGCUGAAACAGCAUCAACGUCAUUGGCCGCAUUGGCCAAGUCGUAUCAGGCAGGCGUGGAGGAUGAGACGAACGAGAGCAUUUGUGAUAAUGCAUUGACUGCCUCGCCUAGCUCCAGUCCAAGUCAUGUUAUAUAAAAAUUUCUGGAUUUUUCUAUAGUGCGUGUGUGUGUGUGUAAAUGCGUUUAGUUGUAACGUAAAAUUUAAAAAAGUCUCUGCCGCGUGAACACUAACAACUGUUGCAUGGAAAAAUUCAGUAAAUAACAAAAAGAAAACAAAAAACAUUUAUCAAAGAGAGAAACAAUUUUUUUAUAGAAGUUUAUUUAAGAUCAUCAUAUCUAUUUUUCUCAAAUCUUUGAGGGCUUUUGUAAUUCUCAAGCAUUCCUUAGCUGAGAAUUAGUAUUUUAACAGUAAGAGAAAACUAAUUAUUUUCAUGCUAUAAAAAACAAUAUUUUUCGUAGCGGCAAAUUUUAUAUAAAAUUACUAAAAGUUUCAUCUAAAAUGGAGUACUCCUACACUUAUUUCUCUCUUAGUGGCACUUUGGAUUAAUGCGAGUGACCGCGGGCGAUCAUAGCAACAGCCAGCCCAGUGCUAUAAGCCAUAUGACCGCUUCCCAAAGUGUCCGAUUCAUGCGCGCAUCGAUUGCUCAUCUGCUCUAUUGAGUCUCAUCUGCUGCUUUGCAUUUCAUGUAUUUUACAAAGCCGGCACUUUUCUUAGGCGGCACUUGAUGAAAAUGCAUCAGUAGUUGGUGUUCAAUCUGAAAAGCAAUACCUUUGAAAGCGGAUUGUAUUUGUUCACGCUAACAUGUAAGUGCUAUGUGCCCCAAUAGCCUCGCUGCAAAUCCAGUGGGGCUGCAGCAUAGCUUAUUUCAUAUAUAUUUUUUAUUUUAUUUCUUUAAAUAUUUAUGUGAUUGUGUAUUAUUUAUUUUGAAACUAUAUACACCAUUAUUAUGCCAAUGUAAUUGUACAUAUAUACGCUCGAAUAAUACUGUAUAUUUUUAUUAUUGCGCGAAAAAAUAAACAAUAAUAGCGAGCGAACAAAAUGAUUUUCGAACGCUGUUGAUAUUUUGAUAUUUUUUCGGUUUUUUGUAAUUUGCUCAAUUAUGUUUAGCGAUUUUAAAUUGAACAAAAUUUAGCUUUAUUCCACCUGGAAAGCCUGUGUUGAUCCUUACUUUAUUGUGUGGCUGAUAUCACUGAUAUUUUUGUUUGUUUUGUUUUACAUUUAUUGCUCAUUAAGUAUGUACAUAUGUAUUUGUUUCGAAAUCCAUUUACAUAUUAGUUUAAAAACACAACAGAAAUACACAAAAAACACUAAAUAAAUAUUGGCCGCCGAAUUGAGAGCACAUUUUUA